AUGUACUUAUUAUGAAAUCUGUGUUGCCCCGGAACGACGUUGGUUUAGUCUUGGGGUUAAACUGUUACCCAAGUCAAAAAAGAGGAUUGUGGUUGCUGGGAAGGUACCUGCAUCCUGCUACCUGAUUGUUUUACCCAAAGCGAGCCCUGUUUUUUCUGGUUUGGCAAUGGAGUAAUUUGCUCAUAAGGUCCCUGUGUAUUGAUAAACCUUUGACUUGGAGAUACUGAGGAUUUUAUGGCUUCUAUUUUGUGACAGCGACAAAAUUCUGACUAAUUUAUCCCAAAUUUUUCCCACCAUAUGGGUAAGCAUUUGCUGUUUCAUAUGUUGGGUUGUAUUUAUUAGAGAGGUGCCCUCUGUACUUCUUAGGCUGCCUGUUUCAACUUCCCAAUGGCAUCUGGAAACACACAAAAGGAUGAGGCCGAAGUUAUUCCAGAGGAAUUCCGUUGCAAAAGAUCUGAUGGGAAGCAAUGGAGAUGCAGUGCAAGAUCCAUGCCAGACAAAACUGUUUGUGAAAAACAUUAUAUCCAAGCCAAAAAAAGAGCUGCAAACUCUGCCUUACGAGCUAGCCAGAAAAAGCUAAAGAAAAAGGAGGAGGGAAGUGAGGCAGUUCCUGAUAGCAAGAAGAAUGAUGUUGAAAAACGGCAUAUUUUUGAUACCGCUGGUGGGGAGUUCUCAACUAUCCCUUCGAAUAAGAAAUCAAAAUCCAGAGGUGUCAUGCACACAGCUCCUCUUCGUAUAGGGCAACGCCAAUCUCAAUUGUUGAAUGAAGAAGCAGAGAUGGACAUUCCGAGAAGUCGCAUGUCCGAAAAGGAGCCUGAUUUUCAGGUGUAUAAGAUCCCCACAGCUCCAUCAAAAUCAAAAACUGUGAAAGAUUUUGUACACAGGCCUCUCUUGGAUUGUUCUAGUAAGAGCACUGGUACUCUAGCUGAGGCAGAAAGUGCAAUGUGUCAUCAAUGCCAGAGGAAUGACAGAGGAAGGGUGGUUCGUUGUUCAAAAUGCAAAAGAAAGCGCUACUGCCUACCUUGCAUUUCUAAAUGGUACCCUGAAUUACAAGAAGAGGAUAUUGAGACGGCAUGCCCUGUUUGUCGAGGGAAAUGUAAUUGUAAAGCAUGUUUGCGUGGAAAUGGACAUGUUAAGGCAAGGAUGCAGGAAACUGAUAGCAUUGAGAAGUUACGCUAUCUCCAUUAUUUCCUUUCCAUGGUUCUUCCUGUGCUUAAGCAGAUCCAUAAGGAACAGUGUUUGGAACAGGAGGUAGAAGCCAAGAUUCAAGGUGAAAUGGAAACAAAGUUGGAGAUUCCUAGAGCCAAACUUAAUUCUGAUGAGAAGUUAUAUUGUGAUAACUGCAAAACUUCAAUUGUUGAUUACCACCGAAACUGCCCAUUUUGUUCUUAUGAUCUUUGUCUCAGCUGUUGUUCGGAGCUUAGGGAAGGUUGCCAGCUUGGAGUAAAUAAAGCAGAUUCAGCUCAGCAGUCUAUAGAUACACCUUAUUCUCAUGGUAGAGAUGGAAUUCAGAGGAAUAAACAAACAAAAGUGGCUGGAGGAAGAGCUGGUUUGGAUCUUCCCUCCCAGGCCAAUAACAAUAGCAGCAUGGAUUCUACAUAUCGAUCAUCAGAUUGGAAAUCAAAUAGUGAUGGGAGCAUUCCAUGUCCCCCAAAAGAAUGUGGUGGCUGUGGCAAUUCUUUGUUAAAAUUAAAACGCAUAUUCAAAAUGAAUUGGGUUGCAAAGCUAGAGAAAAAUGCAAAGGAAAUGACUAGUAGCUGCAAAAUUUCAGAUGGCUUUAAAGCCUCUCGUCCAUGUAUCUCAUGCUAUAAAAAUGGUUCUAAUGGAAACAGUGGAUAUCAAGGAAAAUUUUUAUGCCAAGCAGCAUGUAGGAAUGACAGCAAUGACAAUUUCUUAUACUCUCCCACCGUACAGAAUAUUAAAGAAGAAGGUCUUGAGCAUUUUCAGAAACACUGGAUUAGAGGUGAGCCUGUAAUAGUUCAGAAUGUACUUGAAGGCACAUCUGGUUUGAGCUGGGAGCCAAUGGUAAUGUGGCGAGCUGUACGGGAAAUCACUAAUGGAAAAUUCAAUGAUGAGACGAAGACAGUAAAGGCUAUUGAUUGCUUGGAUUGGUGUGAGGUUGAGAUAAGCAUCCAUCAUUUUUUCAAAGGAUAUACAGAGGGUCGGAUGCAUAAGAACGGUUGGCCUGAGAUGUUGAAAUUGAAGGAUUGGCCACCUUCAAAUUUUUUUGAAGAACGUUUGCCUCGCCAUGGAGCUGAAUUUAUUAAUGCAUUGCCCUUUCAUGAAUACACACAUCCCAAUUGGGGUCUUCUUAAUCUGGCAGCAAAGCUUCCUGAGAAUUUCGUGAAGUCAGAUCUAGGACCAAAAACUUACAUUGCUUAUGGGACACUUGAAGAACUUGGUAGAGGUGAUUCAGUCACCAAACUGCACUGUGAUAUGGCUGAUGUGGUUAAUGUUUUGACACAUACAGCUGAAGUCAAGUUCCCAGGAUGGCAGCAAGUUAAGAUAGAUAAGAUUCAAAAAUUAUAUAGAGCAUUAGACUCGAAGGAACUCUAUGGAGAUUCAGAGAGGGUUGACAAUAAAGUUGGUGAUGGGGAGAAAGGAAGAUCAACGAAAGUUCAGGCAGCGAUGUUGGAUGUUUCACUGCUUCAAAAUAUUACCAAUAAAAAGGCUUCUUCACCUUCGGAGAGAGAGGAAUGUAUUAAUGAUUAUGAUAUUGAAUCUAGUUUGACGAUAAAACAUAUUGAUUGCAAUGAUGAACAGGAUCGAGAAAUAAAUAGACUAAAAUCAGAUGGUCCAGAAAAGUGGAGAGCUAAUAGUAGUGAACAGAGGGAACAUGGUACAAUACGGGCCAAGGUAGAAGGUAACAUUACUAAUAAAGAGAAUAAUGGGACAGAGGUUGCUCAUGGUGGAGCUCUAUGGGACAUUUUUCGGCGAGAGGAUGUACCAAAGUUGCAAGAAUAUUUGUUAAAGCACUGCCAAGAAUUCAGACACAUUAAAGGCGUCCCUGUUGAUUCUGUUGUUCAUCCUAUUCAUGACCAGUCAUUUUACUUGACUGAUGAACAUAAAAGGAAGCUGAAGGAGGAUUACCAAAUAGAACCAUGGACUUUUGAACAACACCUUGGUGAUGCUGUUUUUAUUCCAGCAGGAUGCCCUCAUCAAGUGAGAAACUUGAAGUCAUGCAUAAAAGUGGCUCUCGACUUUGUGUCACCAGAAAAUUUACAAGAAUGUGUUCGCUUGAAUGAGGAAUUUCGUUUACUCCCAAAGAAUCAUAGAGCUAAGGAAGAUAAAUUACAGGUAAAGAAGAUGGUUCUGCAUGCAGUGAGUUCAGCUGUGAAAGAAAUACAGAGGUUAACAUUAGAUCCGAAGGCUGCGAACCUUGGGGAAGAGAACUUGAAUUUGACAGCUCUUGUUUCAGAAAAUCUAGAAAAGAUGAAUAAGAGAAAGAGAUAAUAGUACUACUGAAGUUGAAAAGUGUACUUACUAACAAUUUUGGCGUUAAAGAAUGUUGUAAAGAUGUAUUUUUAAAGCAUUCAAGACGCUGCAUAAUUAUGAACUGAAUUGGCAUUUAUCUUGUGUGCUAAUCUGUUCAAGCAGAUCUUCAAUCCAACAAGCUGCAGCCUUAGGAUUGCUAAGUGGUAAACAGUAAUUGUGAUCCCUUUGUAUAAUUACCUUUUGUUUGAAUAUAACCUUCUCUACAUGCCCGUCAUGUGAGUGCAAACACUUACAAUCAUUACUGCAUAACCUCAGUAAUAAAUUGCAUUGAUUUGUGUCA